CCCAGUGAGUAAUCGGGACUCAGACUAACCAGAUGUCAUGCCAUUUUAUUUUCAGAUCAUUUCAUACCUCAGCCACACUCAUGGUUGCCUUUUCAUCUGCAGUCUCCUCGGUGAUUCUGUUCCCAGCCCUUUCUCUUCUCGCAGUCGGAGGGAUAUUAUUGCUGCUCACCAAUAUGCAGGUGGGGAAUCUGUUCGGGUCUCGGCGCUCCACUAUCAUCACCCUCUACAACGGCGCUUUCGAUUCUUCGUCCGCAGUCUUCCUCAUCGUCAAGGUGCUAUAUGAGAAGGGAGUCUCCCUCAGAUCUUCCUUCCUCUUCCUGUCCUGCUGCAGUGUCCUUCACUUCCUCCGUACCUUCCUGCUCAUGCCCCGGAAGCACAUCCCUUACCCCCUUCCAGAGGACUACACUUAUGGAGCAUCCUGUGGGAGGUCCAGCAGCUACAGAGUGGAGAAGACAGAAAAAGGGAACAUACAGGAAGAGGGCGCCACCUGCCAGCCGGAGGCAAAAUUACAGGAGCAGGACUCCGAGCCAAAGAAAGACGAGCCCAGUUUCAGGAGCUGUGUUUUCUCUUUCUUCUUCCUGUGGCACCUGACCUGGAUCUCUGUGAUGCAGCUGCGACACUAUCUCUUCAUCGGCACCCUCAACCCCAUGCUGACCCGUCUGACCCAGAAUGAUCCUACACUGGUGAGUCGCUACACCAACGCCUUUGCCUUCACCCAGCUCUGCGGGGUGCUGUGCGCUCCCUGGAACGGCAUGAUCAUGGACCGCCACAAGAGGGCGCCAAAGUCCGGCACUCAGGGCCGGCCGGAGCGGGAGGCUGACCUGCACUCGGCCGUCCUGUCGCUGGCCCUGACGGCGCUGCAGUGCCUGCUGUUCUCCCUGUGCGCCUCCAUCCCCCUGCUGCCCCUGCAGUACCUCACCUUCAUCCUGCAGGUCGUCAACCGCUCCUUCCUGUACGGCGGGAACGCCGCCUUCAUCGCCGUCGCUUUCCCCCCGGCACAUUUCGGGAAGCUGUACGGUCUGGUGAUGUCACUGUCGGCGAUCGUCUCUCUGUUGCAGUACCCUUGCUUUGCCCUGGUGAAGGGGUACCUUCAGGGGGACCCUCUUUAUGUCAAUGUGGCUCUGAUCGGCCUGAGCAUGCUGGCUUUCAUUCAUCCCAUCAACGUGUACCUGCACUGCCGCAGAGAGGCCAGGCAGAGGAAGCAACACCAGGCGAAGUGACUCAGCGCCUCCUAGUGGAGGCAGGGACAAACUGCAUGACACCAGUACAACCUAAAACCACCCAAUGCAGUAUUAAACUAACAAGGGAAAGUUGCACUGCUCACACAUACACACAUACGAUCCUGCUGAAAGUACCAGGACACAAGCACCAUCACCCCUUUCACUCAGACACCUUUGAAACGAAGAAGAGAACUCCUGGAACUCAAAAUCACACAUAGAUUACUCGCUGUUUCGAAACUCUUUUCCCCCUUAAGUUGUGUUGGUGUGAGAUAUAAUAUUUUGGUGAAGAAAAACCACAGUAGAGAAAUAAUGUCAACCCUACCAGUGAGCAGUUAUUCCAGGUUAUUAUUAGAAUAGAAACAGUUAAAAUAAAAAACAAGAGACCAAGAUCCCAGCCUGUUAACCCUCCCAGUCUGACAAAGGAAGCCAAGGUAUCGGCCUCAACCUUGAACGAGCAAGCACUUCUCUACACAAAAGGUGGUGGGAGUGUGGAACAGGCUGCCCAGCCUUGUUGUUAAAGCCAAUACCCUGGCAUCUUUCAACAAACAGCU